AUGGCGUACGACUUCCUCGCCGACGAGCGCAAGGCGCACGACCGUACGCGCGAGCGCCUCAAGCAGGCCCAGCUCGGGCUCGACAAGGCGACGUCGUCGGGCACGGCGGCGCGCACCAAGGCCGACAAGUGCGAGGCCGAGGCCAAGAGCCUGCGCGGCGAGGUCAGCCGGCUCAAGAGCGAGGGCGACAUCCUCAAGGACCAGGCGCGCGAGGGCUUCAGGGCCAAGGACGAGGUGCUGCGCGAGGUGGACCGGCUCAAGGAGGACGUCGAGCGGUACAAGCGCGAGGCUCAAGAUGCGCGCGACGCCCUCGCUCGCGCCCCUCCUCCCGCAGCUCCCGGGUCGGACAAGAAGGACUUUGUCGUGCAGCGCCUCUCGAAGCAGGUCGUCGAGCUCACCAAGCAGCUCAGGGCCAAGAACGACGAGAACCGAGCGUCGCCGCUCAAGCUCGUGCUCGAGCUCGCGACUCGGGGAGGAUGAGGGAAGAGUGCAGCGUCGGCGAGGGGACGAAUUGCAGCAGUGCAACCGCAUGUACAGCUUGAGCCUC